AAUCCAUUGAGGCGAUGGCAAAUGGCACGGAGCAUGAGUAUCUGCAGGCGCAAUCGUCACAUUCGCCGCAAAGUGUAACGAUACAUUUAACACCAAUGACACCGACAUCAACAGCCUGGCCAACAACUAAAACAGCAGGUCAAAUAUCCGUGCAUGCUAUUCCACUCCACAAUCCAAUGACAUCAAGGACUCAACCCUCACAACAAGGUCCACCAUUGACAUUUAGUUAUGGUAUACCAAAUGCAUUACAGACAGAUGGAGUGUGUCCACGCCAAGAACUUGCGCAAGUUGGCAAAGAGUGUUCAUGUCCAAAUCCACCGAUGAAUGCUCUUCCUUCCAUGUGUUGUUUGCCCAUUCCCAUACCAGCCUAUUCCAGUGAGGAUUCUGGCAAUGCUGUUACUGCUUCUACUCCCACUCCAGGUCCAGGUCAAUCGUUAUGCUAUCAGGUGCAGUAUAUGUUCUGCCCAGAUAGCACUAAGCCGGAACUAGAGGGGGAAUCCGAAGCAGAACUCUCCACUCCAGGAUCUUUCAACGAUGUGCGUGGUGAUGAGCAUUGCAGGUGCUGCGGAUGUUGUCGUUCUCCACAAGGUCGUAAAGGAUUGCGGAAAUCGAAAGUAAACAAAAGAACAAUUAAAGAAGAGAUGGAAAGACCUCAGAGAUUUACAGCUUCCAAUACUUCAAUUCAAGUGGAACAUUUAAAACUUAUUUGCGAGUCUUUAGGACGAGCUUUGGCCGUUGCGGCCACUGCAGCUGUGGAUGCAGCUGCCUCAAAAUAUGCCCCUAGCCCCACUACAUCGGCUCCAAAUUCACCACCAAAUUAUUCGGCUAAAAGCAGCCUUUUUACAGAUGGCCCAACUCAAACAAGCAGACAUCGCGGGAAGUCAAAAGUGGGCAAACGAAUGAAACCAUUGAAGUCUCAGAAAUUGACUAUAAGUCCAACACUCAGCAGCGAAUUGGGGAAAUUCACGAAACUGACAUUUCGAAAACCCAACCAGUGAUGGGAUCCGAUAGUUUCUCAAAACAAGUUGCCAGUAUUGAGCCAAAAAUAAAACUCUCAUUUGGAAGUGUAGAAGACAUAUAUGUAUAAUGAUUGGAGAUCGCUCAAGGGUACCUAAAAUCAAUUGGAAGGAUUUAAUUCAAAACCAUUAGCUAUUAUUUCUUCUACACGACCAUAUAAUGCAAAUCGAAUUGGCAACUUUCACAUUUUUAAAUUCAAGUGUGUGUAUUUAACAAAUUAUUGGACCACUAGCAUCUUUAAUGUAAAAUAUUAUGAUUUUGCUUUAAUAAAGUAUCCUCAAAAAGUAA